AUGGCUGUUGUUGCUGGCGAGGGCGCAGUCCUGGUAGCUCUCAAGUACUUGUAUCCGGCUCUUGUCUUUCUCUACUACUUGGCCUCGUCCGUCUUAGCCUCUUGCACUCUGCAGGCUCUUAAGAAGACUGAGGAUGCGCAGCCGGAGCGUCCUAGUCGACGGGCCGUCAUCUAUAUACUUGGAUUCUUCCUUUCGACAUACGGGGCCCAGCUCAUCACACUCGGCACGCAGUCAGUAAUCACAAGGUCUGCCCCCCUUGAACACCAGGUCAUCAACUACUUGUCGUGCAUUCUCGUCUUCGGUAUUCUGUGCAUCCAACUCAUCGAGUCGGACACAGUUGUAUGGUUUCCAUUCCGUGGAUCGUGGUUUAUCGCGCUGCUCUUUGAGCUUGCCAUCGCAAUCUUGACGGCCGUCAAUUCAAGACAAGCUAACCUCAACCCCUAUGAUAUACUCCAUAUAGCCUUCUUGUGCUUGAGGCUUGCUUCACUCGUCAUUCUAGUGGCUUGGACUUGCCUUGCUUUAUGGACCAACUCCAACCCUUCUUUGUUCGACGAAGAAACACAGCCACUUCUGCCACCUGAUGGUGAACAACCUGAUGCUCAGGCAGCCACUGGGGAGCCUGCCAAUAGCUCCAGUUAUGGGUCGACAACGCAAAGCGACUCUGAUGAGACCUUUUGGGAAAGAAGAGAAAGAGAAGGUAGAGCCGAAGUGGAGAAGAGACUUCAGGAAGGCGGAAACUGGGUUGAAUACGUCAAAGGCUUCAAGAUUUUAUUGCCGUAUGUUUGGCCUUUGGGAAACCGCAGUCUACAGCUACGAGCAGUGGCCGUUUUGCUCUGCAUGUUGGCUUCGAACGCAAUCAAUGUGCUUAUUCCCCGACAGACGGCCAUAAUCAUGGACACUCUCAAUGGGAAACCCGGUAAUCCAUGGACAGCCGUCAUCAAUUUUGCACUUCUACGGCUGUUGGCUUCAGCUUCUGGUGUUGACCUUAUCCGCCAGUGGUUGUGGCUACCUGUCAAACACUUCUCACGGGAAAGCUUGUCCCGAGCCUCUUUUUCUCAUGUGAUGAAGCUGUCUGCUGAUUUCCAUGACUCCAAAAACUCAUCAGACAUGAUCAUGGCUAUGAAUGGCGGAUACUCCAUCACAAACGCAAUUGAAAAUCUUUUGUUUCAAACCGUCCCAAUGUUGAUCGACAUGUGCAUCGCCAUCGCCUACCUCUCCGUCAAAUUCGGCCCAUACGAAGGCUUGAUAACUGUGGCUACCGGGAUCGUCUUCAUAACACUUGCAGCCCGCCUCGUAGCUAACACCAAAAAUAGCACUCGCAAACGCAUCAAGGCUCUCACCAAAGAAAAUACCAUUCGUUACGGCGGGUUGACUUCGUGGCGGACCGUCAAUAUGUUCAACCAGAUCGUUUACGAGGACAACAGGCAUGCUGAUGCAGUAACGGCUCGAUGGCUUUCUGAGACGCAAUUCCAAAUUGCAUGGCUCUUGUCCACUUCGUUGCAGACCAUCGUUCUCACUGCCGGCCUCAUGGCAAGUGCAUUCCUCGCCGUCUUUCGCAUUCGUAGUGGGCAAGCAUCACCGGGCCAGUUUGCAAUGCUUCUCAUGUACUGGACUCAGCUCACUGCACCACUGCAAUUUUUCGCCUCACUUAGUAAGGGCAUGAGCGAUGAUUUCAUUAGCGCGGAACGCCUCCUGGCCAUUAUGAAGGCCAAGCCUUCGGUUACGAACAAACAGGGUGCACGGCCUCUCAAGUUUCAACGGGGAGAUGUUCACUUGGAUCAAGUUUGCUUCGGUUAUGAUAAGCGGAAGAGGAUCGUCAACGGCAUCAGUCUAGACGUUCCGGCGGGAACGACGGUGGCCUUUGUGGGCUCAACUGGAGCGGGUAAAUCGACGCUGCUCAGGCUUCUCCAAAGGGACUACGAUGUCACCUCGGGCAGCAUCCGGAUCGACGGUCAAGAUCUUCGCGAUGUUGAUAUCUCCAGCCUACGCGAGCGCAUUGGCUACGUUCCCCAAAGUCCACUGGUUUUUAAUGACACCAUCAUGAACAACGUACGCUAUAGCAGAAUCACCGCAACGGACGAGGAGGUGUUUGCAGCAUGCAGAGCCGCGCGUAUUCAUGAUAAGAUCUUGGGUUUUGCGGAUGGCUACGAAUCGGAGGUUGGCGAACAUGGAGUCAAACUUUCCGGUGGAGAGCUUCAACGUCUUGCAAUUGCCAGGGCGCUCCUGAAAAACCCCGAGAUUGUUCUUUUGGACGAGGCUACAGCCGCUGUUGAUAAUGUUACUGAAAAACAUAUUCAGAAAUCAAUAAAUGCCCUCUGCAAAGGACGCACUACAUUCGUUGUGGCUCAUCGACUUUCUACCAUCAAAGGAGCGGGCGUCAUUGCUGUUGUGGAACACGGUCAGAUCAUCGAGAAAGGUACUCAUGAUGAGCUGAUUGCCUUGCGCGGUCGAUACUUUGAACUGGCGUCAGACAACUUCCAGGAAAGGGAGGACAGCGAUGACCAGGCCAAGGUGCUUGACGACGCAAAUACUCUCGCCAACGAUUCUUGCUCCGAGAGAACCACCACUGAGACGUGCAAGACACAUGGUGAAGACGGUCAGGCCAAAGUACCGCCAGAAAGCGAUGGCAAAUCAGCAACAGGCAAGAGGUGUCAGAAGGAGGGGUCCCGAUUGAAUCCUGUGGCCCCUGAAUUUACACCUCGGUCGAUGGCGGCAACAGCGGCGAAUUCCGGACCCAAGACGGCAUCUGAAAGUAAGUCGACUACACCUUCGGCCAUUGGCAAGACCAGGACUUGGGCAGUCACCGGCCACCCUAGCAAACUUCGAUGGUCCGAUGAAGUGUCCAUCAUGGACGAGCGCGGGACGAGCAGUACGCCCAAGAGCCUGUCUACUGAGUCAAGCCGCCGCCUCGGGGCAAAAGAUAGUUCUGAGAGCAGUUUCACCGCAUCAGAGCUCCGCGCGUCGGAAACGAUGCCCGCGGUGAUUGGUAUCCAAAAUCCAGGCAUCAAACCACUCCCGAUGGGCGGAAAAGCCAAACCGAAUAGCAUCGAGGCUUCCGGACGAACUGCCCUGCCCUCACUGGCACGAAGGUCCCCAGAGUCCAUCGCAGAGACAGCCGCUGUCCCUUCUAACAUUGGCAAUGUGGUUUUCAUGCGGCCGCGCUACUCCCGCCGCAUCCAGUCAAAGAGCGAGCCUGUUCACAAGUCUCCAAAGCCAGAAUCUGCUAAAUGUAGCGAGCCAUCCGCAAAAUCAACCGACACCAAUACCGAGCAAUGUCGUGUGUCUGCUCAAACGGCCCAAAGCAGCAGUCCAGCAGCACCUUCCAUGAUUCCUAGGCCUGGCAACAGAGCCUCGCCCACUGUGAGACAGCUUCCGAUUCCUCCACGGCACUCGAGUGACGGGAAGUGCGGCACAUAUCCAACUCCGGCGCCCAAAGACAACUCCGGGCGAGCAUCAGAAGGAAUUCUCUCCGUCACAAAAGAUAAAGAAACGACAAGUGUUGUAGCAGCCAGCACUGCCAAAAACGAAAACCAUCCGCUGCCAAAGAUGGGUGAAAAUCAGUCAAUUAUGAUGACCUCUAGCCGAGGCGGUCGAGCCAUCCGACGCCCACGAGCCGGAUCUCUUCGCGGACGCCGAGGCCGCAUUUCUCGAGGCCCCGUGGGGCCUGGGAGCCAAGAAUAG